AUGGUUCGAAAAAUUAUUACUGCACUCAUCUUGUUGGCUAUGCUUUCCACAAUCAACGCUAUGCCAGGUUUAGGAGCUAAACAUAAUUUUGUUUGGAAAAAAUGUUACAGUACAAUUCCAGUACCUACCGUACAAGCAAAUUAUCCUAUACCUGGUCAAGACCUGACCGUUACCGUUUCGGGAGAGGUUCCAGAUAAAUCUGCAAAAUAUACAUGGAGUUUUAGUUAUGCCGAUUUUAAAGGAAAUCACAUUACUUAUUCUUACAGGGGACCUAACGUUUCUCUUUCUCCGGAUUCGAAGCACUUUACCGCUACAGGAACCGCGAAAGUAUCGGAUAAGUUAGCGGAGUAUGAUUCGUAUAAUCUCGUCGUUAUGGUUCGGAGAGAAGCAGAUAAAAAGCAUGACAAACCUACAUAUGUGGGCUGUGCCAAAGCUUUAGUCACCCAAAAAUAA